AUGUAUCUUUCCCUCGUACCUUACCUAGGCUUGGCGUAUAGUGGCUUUGCCACUGCCGCUACUAUCAACUUGACGACACCUUCGCUCGGGUUUCCCCAGAGCAUGGAGCAAUCUUGGGCUCAAUAUUCUCCUUACUUUCCUGUCGAUACUUAUCAGGCCCCGCCUGACGGCUGUUCUGUCACUCAAGUUAAUCUGUUACAACGCCAUGGCGCUCGCUACCCCACGUCCUCUGACGGAAAAUCCAUUAAGAAAAGUGUCAAGCAGCUUCAAGGGGCCAGUAACUUCAGCUCUCCGCUAGAGUUCGUGAAAAACUUUACUUAUGACCUUGGUAAAAGCGACCUUGUUCCGUAUGGUGCUGCCCAGUCGUAUGAUGCCGGCCAGUUACAUUAUGCCCGGUACUCCGGUCUCAUUAGUGGUUCUGAACUCCCGUUUGUUCGAGCAUCGGAUUCGGAGCGGGUGGUAAUGUCAGCCCUUAAUUGGACCGCAGGAUUUGCUGCUGCCAGUGAUAAACAAUUCUCUCCUGUGCUGUCAGUCAUUAUAAGUGAAUCGGGAAAUGAUACCCUAGAUGACAAUAUGUGUACAAAUGCUGGUAACUCGGACAACCAGACGGCCGCAUGGUUGUCAGUUUUCGCACCGUCGAUAGCUGAUCGCCUGAACACUGAUGCCCCUGGCGCCGACCUUUCUCUUGAUGAUAUAGCCAAUCUCAUGAGCUUGUGUCCUUUCGAAACUGUUGCUAACGAAGCACCAAGCCCAUUCUGUAAUAUAUUCACAACGGAUGAAUGGGCUUCGUACGAGUAUUAUGGCGACGUUGGUGAUUAUUAUGGAACUGGUUACGGUCAAGAGCUAGGUCCUGUUCAGGGUGUGGGCUAUGUGAACGAAUUAAUAGCUCGGCUGACCGAUGAACCAGUCCAAGACGAAACGCAAACUAACUCUACCCUUGACUCAUCUCCCAUCACUUUUCCUCUAAAUCGAACGUUCUACGCCGAUUUUACCCACGACACCGAGAUGAUCGCUAUCUAUAGCGCUAUUGGUCUAUUCAAUCAGACUUCCCCACUUGACCUUUCUCAGCCGAAUCCGAACCGGACAUGGAUCCUUUCCCAGAUGGUACCAUUUUCAGCUCGGAUGAUAACCGAGAAAUUACAAUGUAACACGAAUGGCGAAACUGGAAACUAUAUCCGAAUAUUGGUGAACGACGCUGUCCAGUCGCUGGGCUUCUGUGGUGAUACCGGAAAUGGAUUAUGUGAAGUUGAUGCAUUUGUGGAGAGUCAACAAUUCGCCACUAGUAAUGGGGAUGGCGAGUGGGAAAAUUGUUUUAGCUAA